AUGUGGUGUGUGAUAGGUUCAUCCACUUCGACGAUAUCCUCUCAAUCUGAUGCGGACUCGCUCUCCUCCUGCGAUACCCUCUCCGGUACCUUAACUAUCUCUACCUCCGCGACGGGCAGUAUUUCGCUCUCCAAUGUUGAGACUAUCAAUGGCGGCAUCACCAUCCAGGAUGUAUCGGGCUUGACGUCGUUCUCGGCAUCAGAUCUACAGAAAGUGAAUGGGAAGAUAUAUAUCUCUGGGAAUGACGACUUGACGAAUUUGUCGUUUCCGGAUUUGGAAAAGGUCCCCGGAGAGAUUGAUAUCGAGGGGAACAAGGAGUUGAGGGAUAUUGUAUUCCAGGAUUUGAAGAAUGUCGAUGGGAGUUUGAUUUUGGAGGGGACUUUUAAUGAGAUCAAAUUCGACGACCUCGAUAAGGUCAAAGGACAGACGGUGAUUCAUUCCCAUGGCGGGUCGUUUCGAUGCUCCAGUCUCAAUUCUCUUCGUGACGAUGACGAUGACGACGAUAACAAUACCCGCCGUCGCCGCGACAACAACAACAACAACAACGGCGCCUUUCAAGGAUCUUACACCUGCACUGACGGUUCCAGCAGCGGACUUAGUGCGGGCGCCAAAGCCGGUAUCGCCAUUGCCGUAAUUGUACUGGUCCUUCUCAUCCUUGUUGGUUUAUGGAUGAUGUAUCGGAAACAGCGGAAACGGCGCAGAAGACGGAAUGAUGAUCAGAGCCAAAUGAUGUAUACGCCUGUCGGGGUCGGCCUUCGGGGCGGCGGUGGUAGUAGUAAUCGAGACGAGGAGUCGGCAGCUGGUGAUGAGAAGCCCGUUACUGGAGUCCCGAAUCCCGCCGUACUCAGGCAGAAUAGCGACCCUGUUAUUGCGGCUAGUGCCAUUCCCCGGAAACCGAUAUCGCCGCCACCGCCAUCGAACGAGAUGAACCGGGAAUCUAUGGUGUCCAUGUCGACGUCUCCGCCCCUCCCUGCUGCGUUGGUCCCAGGAGAUCGCUCCUCUGCGUCGCCGCCGAAUGAUGCCGAUGGACGAUCACUGUUCCUGCAUCCGAUCCCCCGGAGGCGACCGUCGGAGACAGACGUGCCGUUGCUGGAUAGUGGUGACGUGCAUGAGGCGCCCGGAAGUCCAGUACAACGGCCAAUGUUUGAGCUAGAUGCAGGGCCCGUGCGAGGAACGCAUCAGCAACCUAUUAACCAUGAGUAG